UCCUGCAGGAGGAGGCCUGCCCGAGUUUGCAGGGUUUCCCCCGUCCACCGAGGGGCGCAGUUCAUCGGCUCCUCAAAUGCCCCAAGAAUGGGGCUGGGGCCUGAGUGGUCGCUGCCAGCGGCUGAUGCACUUCAGCUCGCCUGGCUUCUCUGCGCUGCUGCCGGGAUCUUGCAGGGCUCGGGGGCUGCUGCAGCCGGGACGAGAGGAGGAUCCCUCCGUCCUUCCGGAGAUGGCAUGAAUGUGCUCUUCGUUGUUUCCGAUGACUUGCGUCCUGCUUUGGGCUGUUACAGAGACCUAGUUGUGAAAUCUCCAAACAUUGACCAGCUGGCCUCGCAAAGUGUUGUGUUCCAGAAUGCUUUUGCACAACAAGCUGUAUGUGCGCCCAGCAGAGUAUCAUUUCUCACUGGACGAAGGCCAGACACCACCAGACUGUAUGACUUCCAUUCUUACUGGCGGGUACACUCAGGGAAUUACUCUACACUCCCGCAGUACUUCAAGGAGAACGGUUACAUAACCAUGUCGGUAGGGAAAGUAUUUCACCCUGGAAUUUCAUCAAAUCAUAGCGACGACUAUCCAUACAGUUGGUCUGUUCCACCUUUUCAUCCCUCCUCUGAAAAAUAUGAAAACACAAAAGUUUGCAAAGGGAAAGAUGGACAACUUCAUGCCAACCUGCUGUGCCCUGUGGAUGUCGCUGAGAUGCCUGAGGGUACCUUGCCAGAUAUCCAGAGCACUGAUGAAGCAAUCCAUUUAUUGAAGAUGAUGAAAGAAAACAACAGCAAAUUUUUCCUUGCCGUUGGAUAUCACAAACCACACAUCCCAUUCAGGUACCCUCAGGAAUUUCUCAAAUUGUACCCACUGGAAAACAUCACACUAGCCCCAGAUCCUGAUGUUCCUAAAGGAUUACCUCCAGUGGCAUACAAUCCCUGGACAGACAUCAGGCGUAGGGAUGAUGUUCAAGCACUGAAUAUCAGCUUCCCUUAUGGGCCAAUUCCAGAAGAUUUCCAGCGACAGAUUCGUCAGAACUAUUUUGCCUCUGUCUCCUACUUGGAUAUGUUAGUUGGGAAAUUGUUGAAUGCCUUGGACGACACAGGGCUCUCCAAUAACACAAUUGUGGUGUUCACGGCCGACCACGGGUGGUCGCUGGGUGAGCACGGUGAAUGGGCGAAAUACAGCAACUUUGAUAUUGCGACUCGGGUCCCGCUGAUGUUCUAUGUGCCUGGAAUGACGGCUCCUCUCUCUUACACACGAGACACACUCUUCCCUUUCAUUGACCUCUUUGGCCAAGUUUCGAAACCUCUACCCCAAAGUAAAGCUAAAGAAAUGGUCGAGUUGGUGUCUUUAUUCCCGACGCUUGCUGAGCUUGCUGGAUUAAGAAUUCCCCCUCCUUGCCAGAAGACUUCAUUUCACAUCUCGUUGUGCACUGAGGGGCAAAGCAUGGUACAGUAUUUCCCAUCCACCAAAGGAGGGCACAAGAGCCGUGAUGAUGAAGGAAAGCCCCGAAGGCCACCGAUUGCUUUCAGCCAGUACCCACGUCCCAGCGACACUCCUCAGCUUGACUCCGAUUUGCCGCUUCUUAAAGACAUAAGAGUGAUGGGCUAUUCCAUGCGUACUGCUUUCUACAGGUGCACUCUGUGGCUGGGGUUCAGUCCCAACAACUUUUCUGUGGACUGGAAUGACGUUCAUGCAGGAGAAUUGUAUUUUGCAGAAAGCGACCCUAAUCAAGAUCAUAAUAUGUAUGGAAGUGAGGGACAUGGUGAUCUUACCAAAAAGCUUUGCAUGAUCUUGGCGCACUGAGCUUGAGCCUCUCUCUGUAAAGCCACACUACCAAAUUGAAUAACAGGCACUUUAUUUGUUUAUGUGUAGUUUUGUGUUACACAUGAAACAACUAGUGCCAGAAUCGCUUUAUGGGUCUCUUGGAUUGCAGUUUGUGUUUAUAUGGAAUACAGUCAAACACAUCCUGCAUUCUUGUGUUUUUUCUCCCUAAAAAUUAUUUUUUUCUGUAUUUACAGGUCUUUUUAAAAAGCUUUGCUUUGUAUCAGAACAUUUCAAAGUGGUUAGAAAUAAAAUUAUUUUAAAAUAA